AUGUCUUUCUACCUCUGCAUCGACUGCGGCGGGUCCAAAACCGUGGCUGUCAUCGCUGACACCAACGGCAACAUCGUCGCUCGUGUCCGCGGUGGUCCAUCCAACUUUGCCUAUCUCGGCCUACAACCCUUCAUCGCCGUCGUCCGCACCACCGUCGAGGAUGCCCUCGCAUCCCUCAAGGCAACACACACCGAUCUCCCCGAGUCCAGUUUGAAGCUUCCGCCCCCGACUCCGCUCUUCGCCGCAGCCUGGCUAGGCGUCUCAGGCGUCGACUCCCCCUCCGCGAUCGCGACCCUCACCCCACCCCUCACAUCCCUCCUCGGCGUGCGCCCCCGCGUCGCCAACGACACCUCCCUUCUCGCUGCACCGCUCAAACUCUACAGCGACGUCAGCAGCGCUGUUGGCUGCGUCGGCGGCACCGGCGGCAUCGUCGUCAGCUUCCGCGAAACGGACGCGGGCGAGAACAACGGGGACGGCGUCAACCUCGAUGAGCUCGGCCGCGUCGGUGGCUGGGGCUGGAUCCUCGGUGACGAGGGCGGCGGCUUCCACGUCGGGCGCGAGGCCAUCCGCCAGCUCCUCGCCGAAGCUGAUCGCGCCUCCGUGCAAGCCCCGCUCGGUGCGCCAGCUCCCCCCACGCCUGUUGCAGCACAAGGGACGGAACCUCGCGGGCUCAAGGCCCGCAUCCUCGCGCGCUUCGGCGUCAAAGACAUCUUCGAGGUCCUCACCAUCGUCCACCUCCCCGACCCCCUCCCGGUCCCGGAGCCGCCCACACCCCCGCUCUCCAGCACGACCCUCGCGUCUGUCGUCCCAGAGGAGGCGCACGCCGCGCACGAAGCAAAUACGAGUAACAACCCACCCGCGACGUCUUUCCCACGCGAGAAGCGCCUCUCCGCGCUCGCGCCGCUCGUCUUCGCCGCGGCGUUCGAGGACCAGGACCCGCUCGCGCUCCGCGUACUCCGCAUCGCGAGCGGCGCGCUCGCCGACCAAAUUUGCGUGCUGCUGCGUCCAGAAGAUGCGAACGCGGUGGCGCAGCCAGUGCACGGAGGCGAGGCUGGGUGGAUGAGCACUGGAUGGAUGGGCACGGGCGCGGCCGUCGCAGCCGACCCGGGUCCCGCGCCGGGCCCGCGCACCGUCCGCGCCUCGGAGAGCAUCCUCUGUCUCGGCGGCUCGCUCGUCGGUCUCGCGAACUACCGCCAGCUCCUUCUGGAUGAGCUCAAACGGCGGGGGUACGUGUUCCGCAGGGUGCAGGUCGUGGAGGACGCCGCUGCGGUGGGCGCGCAAGCGCUUGCGCAAGGUGCGCGCGGGUUUAGGCGGGAUUGA